GUCAUGGCAACCUGUAUACAGCAGCAGCGGCAGGCAGCUGCUUCUGUACUCUUUGGCUGGAGACUUCUGUAGCUUUUAGCUAACGGUUUACAACUAUUUAAAGGUUCACUUUGUGUCGUUGUGCUGUAUUUUGACAAGGCUAACGUUAAAUACGUUAACUAAAUUGUUGGUAUAGUCUUUAAACCGGACUCUUUUCACAAUGCCUAACAAUAUUGCAGCAUCACUGAGAAAGCCCUCAACUGUUCCGCAGAAGGCACCUGUACCUGCUGAGGGAUGGGAGGAGUGGUCUCAAGGGAAAGGACUGAUGAAGCCUCCAGAUCAACAGGAGGUCCCUGAGGCUGAGCUGAAAGAGGAAAUCACAAGGAUCCUGACUGCAAACAACCCACACGCCCCCCAAAAUAUUGUCCGCUACAGCUUCAAGGAACGUUCCUACAAGCCGACCAGUGUUGUGGAUCAGAUGACUGUUCAUUUUGUGUUGGAGGGCAGCCUCCUGUAUGAAGACUCUGAUGAGGCUCGUAGACUGAAGGCCAAGGAGGGUCUCCCUGAGGAGACUGCAACAGUCGACACAGGAGCAGAACCUGAUGAGGAGAAAACAGAAUCCCCGGCAACACCUGUAGUGGAUGGAGGGGACGUGGAGGAAGCUGGAGAAGACGAGAGACCAGACAGUGUUGCCUCCAAAACCAACAGGAAGGAGCCAAAAGUUACUAACCAGUUCAACUUCAGUGAGAGGGCGUCCCAGACCCUCAAUAACCCACUGAGGGAAAGAAGCUGCCAGACUGAACCUCCUCCACGUAGCAGCUUCUCCGCCACCGCUAAUCAGUGGGAGAUCUAUGAUGCAUAUGUGGAGGAGCUGCAGAAGCAAAAAAGAAAUAAAGAGAAGCCGAAAGCUGCAGCAUCAAAGAAAGAUAAUGACAAAAGCAAGAGGAAGACGAUGCUGAUGGAGACUCAGAAUGAUGACAUCACCAAAGUGGGAAAGACGUCCAAAAUCUUUGAACGAAUGGUCAAUCAGAAUAUUUUUGAUGACAUAGCACAAGAUUUCAAAUACUUUGAGGAUGCUUCUGAUGAGUUCAGGGACCAGGAGGGCACCCUUCUCCCUUUGUGGAAGUUUCAAUAUGACAAAGCCAAAAGACUGUCCGUCACUGCCCUCUGCUGGAAUAAGAAAUAUCAGGACCUUUUCGUUGUGGGAAUGGGAUCAUACGACUUCAGUAAGCAGGGGCGUGGCAUGCUCGUCUACUACUCAUUGAAGAACACUGCCUUCCCAGAGUACAUCUACCCCACCGACUUUAGCGUCCUGAGCCUUGACAUCCAUGAGCAGCAUUCCUACCUGGUGGUGGCGGGAUUCUACGAUGGCUGUGUGGCUGUCUACAACUUGAAGGAGGAGGGAUUGGCGCCUGUGUAUAAGAGUACAGCUAAGACUGGCAAGCACACAGACCCCGUCUGGCAGGUGCGCUGGCAGAAGGACGACAUGGACAACAACCACAAUUUCUAUUCUGUGUCAUCUGAUGGCCGAGUUGUGUCCUGGACACUCGUCAAGAAUGAGCUGGUCUUUACAGACAUUAUCAGACUGUCAGUAAAUGGUGCUGUCUCUGAGGGACCAGAAGGUGCACAGCAGCCCGGCGCCGCCUGUGGUACAUCGUUUGACUUUCAUAAACAGAUCGACUAUCUCUUCCUGGUUGGCACCGAGGAGGGGAAAAUACACAAGUGCUCCAAGACUUACUCGAGCCAGUUCCUGGAGACCUACAAUGCCCACAGCAUGGCAGUGGAUGCUGUGAGGUGGAACCACUUCCACCCGAAGGUUUUCAUCUCUUGCAGUUCAGACUGGACCGUCAAGAUCUGGGACCAUACCAUCAACACUCCAAUGUUCACCUUUGAUCUGAAUGCAGCUGUUGGCGAUGUUGCCUGGUCUCCAUUCUCCUCCACUGUAUUCGCUGCUGUCACAACAGACGGAACAGUUCAUGUGUUUGACCUCAGCAUCAACAAAUAUGAGGCCAUCUGCCAUCAGUCAGUGGUGGCCAAAAAGAAGACCAAGCUGACUCACAUUGAGUUUAAUCCCAUCUAUCCUAUCAUCAUCGUGGGCGAUGACCGAGGCUAUGUCAGCAGCCUCAAACUCUCCCCUAACCUCCGCAAGAAACCCAAGGGCAAGAAGGGUCAGGAGCUGCCUAAGGGUCCAGAAGUGGAAGUAGCCAAGAUGGAGAAGCUCCUGAGUCUGCUGAGGGAACCAGAGCAAAGCACAGCUUAACGUGUUCUGCCGUGGCUCUCCAACACAGCAACAUGGUACAAUCUUUUA